AUGUCAACCGCCAGAGGGGGCGGCAGACCUUCUGCUUCGGCCUCGGCCUCAGCUCAGCAGCGCGACGUGAUCAAGGCCGCUAUCGUGCACGAGCGUCAAGAGCAGGGCUCUAUGCUCUGUGCUCAGCAUUGCCUCAACAACUUGCUACAGGGGCACUAUUUCGAUGCGGCCCAGCUUGCGGAUAUCGCUAAGCAGCUCGAUGACGUGGAGAGGGGUCAUCUGGAUAUGGACGAUGUGCAAUGGGGAGACCGGGAGCAGCAGGCUAGAAAUGCGGACGAGACGGGUUUCUUCUCAGUGGGAGUCGUAGAGACAGCGCUUCAGGUCUGGGGCCUCUCGCUGCGACGAUGGGCAGCUCAGGAUAUGCGUCACUUGCACAGCAAGCCAGAGGACCAGCUCGCCUUUGUCCUCAACCUCGAGAGCCACUGGUUCACAUUCCGUAGCUUCGGUACUGCCGGCGACAUCUGGUUCAAUCUCAACUCCUUCCUCGACUCCCCGACCUGGGUAGGGAGUGGCUACCUUGGCGCCCUUCUAGACCAAGCCCAGCGUGAAGGCUACUCAGUCUUCGUCGCUCGUCCUACAUCAGAGGACGAGUCUUCUCAACAAGCUCUCAUCAAUCAGUUCCGCGGCUCUUCAGCCGACCAGGCAGCUGACGAUGCUGUCGCAGCUGCUGUUGGGUCGGGCGGCGAGGAUGCGGACAUGAUGCAGGCUAUUCAGGCUAGCUUGGCGAGCUCGAGUCGUCCGGCGGAUUCUUCCGCAAGCGCUACUGGGGCGGGAGUCUCUACCCCUUCUGGCAGCCGCAAUGCUCGCCCUGGCAGCUCAAACGAGGGCAAACGCAAGAAGAGCCGGAGGCAGACGGACGAAGGUAUCGAAGAGGCGGUUCGGGCCAGCCUGGGUCGAUCAGCUGUAGCAGCUUCCAGCAGUCGUCAGGGAGGAACAAGGGACACGGCUAUCGACCUAGAGGACGACUCGCGGGAUGAUGGCGCUGAAGGCGAGGCUCGCCCGUCACGCUCCCCCUUUCUCAACCCAGCACUGCGUGACCAAUUGGUUCAAGGGAUCGACGAUGACGGUGACGACUUCGCCAUACUACCCUCUGCAGCCCUAGCCACACCAGCGAACGCACCAGGGAUUGGCAGAGCACCUGACGCUCCAGCCCGCCAACGUCCCUCGGGUGACCGAGGAGCGCCGAUUGAAAUUGGCGACGAAGACGACGAAGAGCUAGACGACGAUGACUACGACGACUCCACUCUCGCAGCCCGCGAUCGACGCGAAGAGGAGCUCCAUCAGCAAUUUACCGCAGCUGCGCAGGCGUUUGGGUCUAUGAGGGACAAUCGUGACUAUGAUGAUGAGGAUGCGGAGCUUCAGCGGGCACUUGCGGCAAGCAUGGCGUACGAGUAUGGCGCUGCGGGCGGUAGUGGAGCAGGUGGGAGCGGAGAAGCGCUGGGAGACGAUUGGAUGGCAGGCGAGGACGCAGAGGAGCAGGCGCGACUCUUCGAGCAGAUCCGUAAUGGCAGUGCCGGAGCAGCGGCCGGAGGCAGUCGGCAUGACCUGGGCAGACGCAGCCCUACUCCGGCUGACGUUGGGCGAAUCGCCAAGAUGAGGGAGGAUGCUAAGCGCAAGGAGCGUGAGGAAAGGGAGAGGGAGGAGCGACAUGCCAGGGGAGAGUUCACGCCUGAGCCUGAACCGGAGAAGAAGGCGAAGCGCGACGAUGACAGCGAUAGUGACGAGGAUGAGGACGAAGAAGGGGAAGGCGUAGCCAAGAAUGGCGAGGCCGCUGGAGGCCAAUCGCCCGCUGCUGCUGCCUUGAGCCCGGAGGAGCUGAGGAAGAUGCGCCUUGCUCGCUUCGGCGGGUAG